CAACGGAGAGCGAACAGGAGCGUGCAGUUGUCUUUAACACGCUCCCAGGCAGAUGAUCAGGCUAAUGCCCCGCCGCAGCUAUCUCUUAACUCCGAAUAUUUUCACUGAUAAGCUUAUCUUUUACUUCAAUGGGUUUUACUAUCGCAACAAGAACCUUUUGAGAGUAACUUAGUUUACAUGUAGCUUCUAAAGUCCAGCGCUGAGACCCUCGAGCCUCUCCGCGUUCCUUUCGGUUCUUCUCGCGUCUCCAUUAAACUCCACCGCGCUGAGGAUGUACUGCGGGAGGACCGGGCUGGUCGUGUGGAGGAAAAGCGCAAUGUUGGAUGUGUUUUCCGUGUUUUUGUUCUUCUCUCUGCUUUACGCUUACAACAUUGACCUGGAACACCCCCUGGUUUUCCGUGGACCGAAUGCGACGUUUUUUGGCUACUCGGUCCUGGAGCACUUCCACAAUAACACACGAUGGAUUCUGGUCGGGGCUCCUCGGGCAAAUUCGUCCUUCAGUAAAUCCGUUCAGUCUCCUGGAGCUGUGUUUAAGUGCCGUAUACACAGCAACCCAGAGCAUCGUUGUACGGAGAUCGACCUGGGCAGAGGUAACAAGAAAAGGGAGUCUUGUGGAAAGACAUGUCAAGGGGACAGGGACGAUGAGUGGAUGGGAGUCAGCUUGACUAGACAAGACAAAGCCAACGGAAAAGUUUUGGCCUGUGCACAUCGCUGGAAAAAUGUGUACUAUGAAUCUGAGCACAUCCUGCCACAUGGCUAUUGUUCUGUGAUCCCACCAACAUUACAGGGCACAACUCAGGCACUCAUUCCAUGUUAUGAAGAUCAUAAGAAGACAUAUGGAGAAGAACAUGGCUCAUGUCAGGCAGGGAUCGCAGGAGCUUUCAUAGAGGAGCUGGUAGUUAUGGGUGCACCUGGAUCAUACUACUGGACCGGAACAGUGAAAGUGUUCAACAUUUCCUCCAAUACACAAUAUAACCUUAACAAAAAUCAGUUGAGUUCUCAAAGAUAUAGUUAUCUGGGCUAUGCAGUGACAGCUGGCCGCUUCUCCUCACCUACUGCUGUUGAUAUUGCUGCUGGUGCACCUCAGGAUGGUGGUGGAGGAAAAGUUUACGUCUUUAGAAUCGAUGGUAUUUCUCUUGUGAAGGUCUUUCAAGCCUCAGGGAAAAUGAUGGGCUCUUACUUUGGCUCCUCACUAUGUGCAGUUGACCUAAAUGCUGACGGACUCUCAGACCUGCUGGUCGGGGCGCCAAUGUUUAGUGAGGUUCGAGAUGAAGGCCAGGUGUCUGUUUACAUCAGUAGGGGCAAUGGGGUGAUGGAGGAGGCAAUAUUUUUAAAUGGUGACAAUGCCUACAAUGCACAUUUCGGAGAGUGUAUCAGUGCCAUUGGGGACAUCGAUGAUGACGGGUACCAAGAUGUGGCGAUAGGAGCUCCCAAAGAGGAUGACUUUGCGGGUGCAGUGUACAUCUACCAUGGUGAUACUAAUGGAUUAGUCAGCAAGUACUCAAUGAGAUUGUCUGGGCGAAGCAUCAAUCCAACAAUCCAAAUGUUCGGUCAGUCAAUAUCUGGCAACGUUGACAUGGACGGAAAUGAAUAUCCAGAUGUGACCAUUGGUGCAUUUAUGGCUGACACUGUGGUGUUAUUAAGGUCUAAACCUGUGAUCACAGUGGAUACGACCAUCUUUCUGCCGGCCUCCAUAAACAUCACUGUACCUCAGUGUCAUGAAGGUCCACAGCAUCUCAACUGUUUUAAUGUCACAGUUUGUAUGCGCUUCCGUGGAAAAAUUGUGCCGGGACACAUAGAGCUGCUGUACAAUCUAACAGCAGAUGCAGAUAAGCGAUACAAAGGCCUGUCAUCCCGGGUCUAUUUCACACAUGGAGGAGAGCAGACUGGUGCUGUGAGUCACACCUUCAAUCUUAGCAUCAACCAGUUGGAGUGCCAUCACUACACAGCUUAUGUACGGAAGGAAGUUAAGGACGUGUUCGCAGCAAUCACUUUUGAGGCAUCCUACAGCCUGGGCAAGCAUGUGCUGGAUGUUCAUCGCAAACAUGAGCUUGCUUCACUCUCUCCUGUACUGCGUUGGAAAAAAGGAGAGAAGAUUGCUGCAAGAAAUGAGACUUGGUUUGAAAAGAACUGUCUGUCUGAUGACUGUGCUGCUGACCUGAAGCUACACGGCAAAUUGCUGCUUUCAGGACAUCACAUCAGGCCCCACCUUGCUCUCGGAGGAGUGAAAAAUGUAUCUCUCAAUAUAACCAUUGUAAAUGCUGGCGAUGACGCUUAUGACACCAACAUCUACCUAAAUUUUUCCAGGGAGGUUCAUUACAUAAACUUUCUGCAGCGGGAAGAGAAGGGUAUUUCCUGUGAACUGAUUCAGCUGGACUUCCUCAAAUGCAGUGUGGGAUUUCCUUUCAUGAGAGCCCAGACUAAGUACCAUCUGUCUGUACUAUUUGACACAAGUCAUCUGUCUGGUAAAAAUGAAACACUGAUAUUUUUAGUACAUGCCAGAAGUGCCAAUCCAGAACAUGAGAACAAACUACAUGAUAACCUGUUGGAACUGUCCAUCCCGCUAAUGCAUGAGGUGGACACAGCUGUCACUGGGGUGGUUACACCGUCCUCAUUCCAGUAUGGAAAUUCUGUUGACUCUUCUCGCUUUGUUCAUCUGGAGGACUUGGAGUGCAACUUCCAACCUCUCAACUUUACCUUUCAUGUGAUAAACAAUGGGCCAAGCAGACUGCCAGGCUCCACUGUGGACAUAAGGCUACCUAACAGACUGGUGGGAAAUGGAGCAGAUAUGUUCCUCAUCCUAGACACACAAGUAGCCGAGGGCAAAGGAAACUGUACAUGGCACAGAAACCCCACACCGUGCAUCAUCCCUCAGGACAGAGAGAGUAUUUUCCAUGCCAUCUUUGCAUUUUUUUCCAAGACUGGCAGGAAGGUCUUGGACUGUGACCGGCCAGGAAGAGCCUGUUUAACAAUUUCCUGUAGCCUAGGAUCCCAAGCUAAAGAUGAAGCUACAGUUAUUGAUGUGCAAAUGCUACUUAACACUGAAACACUCAAGAAAGACAGUUCCUCAGUGAUACAAUUUGUUACACGAAGUCAUGUUCAAGUGGACAGCCGGGCUAUGGAGGUGUCCAGCGGUCUACCAGAGGACAUUUCUCUGGUGUUUGAGGCACUGCACAGUCAGGAGCCCAGGGGUUAUGUGGUGGGCUGGAUCAUUGCCAUCAGUUUGCUGGUGGGGAUCCUUAUCUUCCUCCUGCUGGCUGUGCUGCUCUGGAAGAUGGGAUUUUUCAGGCGGCGUUACCGAGAGAUGAUAGAGGCAGAAAAGAACAGAAAAGACAGCGAUGAGAGCUGGGAUUGGCUUCAGAAGAGUGAAUGAGUGCUUUGGGUUGUUUCUGAUGAUCCACUGAGCUGCUACCCUUACCACAGCCAUGUCCUUAGACUCAUACCAUCCAAUCUUCCAUAUGUGGAAGAAAAGAAUAUUCUCCAAAUUUUUCGGAGCCUCGACACUUUUUUAGGUAAAAAAUGAAUAUUUGGCAGGACAACAUGGUUCACCAAAUAUGACUCAUUGUUGAAUACCAUAUGAUCUCAACGGAGGUGGCCAUCUGCCAGCUGGAGCGGAGACAAAAGGAAACAAAUGAAGACCUCCACCAAAGGAUAUGGAUAUUGCAUCAUAACUAGCAGACCAUAAAAAACCCUCAGGGCAUUGUUUAAUAGCAAAGACCUAUUUUUUUACAUGUAUUCAUGUAUGUUGUAUAAAUAAGAGCUUCAGGAGGGCUUGUAGAUUUUUGGCCUUCAAACAUGUAUUUUACAUAUUGAUGUUUGAAAGCACUGAUUACUGAUACAUGCUGAAGACUUGAUACUCUUCAUAUAAAGAUCAAUGUUACAGAAAGAACAGUAUAAGUUGGAAAAAUCCCGUAAAUGAAAGGUUGAACUUCUGUUUCUUUUCAUUUCACAUUCAUCCGAUUUGGGACAGCUAUGUUUUUGUUUUUGCUUUUGGUUAUUUAUCAGUUAGAGAAGAAACAGACGCUCAUGUCAGUGCAAGUUGCCAAUUAAAUUUUUUUUUUAAUCCUGCAUAUCACUGCACUGGAUAAUACUCCAUGCAAUACAAUACCAUGCGAUCCCUUUAGCCCAGCAUACCUUCUUGAUUUUUUUAAGUAAACAAAGCAUAAAUUGUGUGCAGUCAUCAUAAAUCCAGCCAUUUCACGCAUUUUUAAACCUUUCACUGUUUUUGUAAACAUUUCACUGUUUUAGUAGCGUAAUUAUUUUUAGCCUCUGGUUAAAUAUUGCACCUAAAGUCAGAAUGUGCUGCACUUCACAACUGAGCCUAAGCUCAGUCUUUGAGAAAGAACAAAACUUUUUGGGAAAUGUUUUAUGUCAACACAUUGGAAUGCAAGGCUCCCUCAUAACUCAGCUAAGCACAUCAGUUAUAAAGCGAAGCCCCACUGCAUGCAGAGGUGUGCAGUCACUUCUUUUAUAACCUAGUUUUUUUUAAGAUCAUUGAACAAAGAAGCAUUAUUGUAAAAUGCGGCAGUGCAACAGAACAGUGAAUGUAGAUCCAUAAUUAUGUUCUGGUUUCUGGUGCGAGAGGCUUAAACCAGUGAGCUAACUUCUGUCAGCAUCUUCUCAUUUUCUGUCAAUUCUUACAAAUAAUCUUUAUCAUACACUGAAUCUGUGAUGUGUCUUGUUUUUGUUUAAACAGAGAAAAGUUUUUGUUUAUAAAUAUUAUAAAUAUUUGUUAAAUCGGAGAUGUCAUCUGAUAAAGACAUUUUUUAUUUGCUCUAUAAUUCACCAAACAUUUAUACCAAAGUUGGCAAAUUUACCAGUUAUUUCAUUGCUUGCUGAUGUACUGAUAUCUAUGAGAUUGUUGUGAAUAAAAUUGCUUGUAUGCUGUAUGAAUGAUCUAUUAUGUCACUGGCACGGCAAAUGUAAAUUCACAUUUCUCCUCUGCACCUGGCAACGAGUUUUGCAUGGAUGUGCAUCUGAGAGAAAUACUUGACAUUAAAUAGCUAUUUAAUUGUUAUAUAUUAACUGUGAGCGUUUCAGCAGUAUUAUACGUCACGUUUUUUUUUAAAUAAACUACUGUCACAGAUUUUCAUGUUUGUAAAUGCAGUGAAGUCUAUGUUGUAAAAGUUAAGGGCUAUUCAAAUUGUAUAUUUGACUUUUUUUUUUGUAAUUUUGAAAUUAAAUAAUUAAAGUUCACAAUUAAAUAUCUUUUGUGUGACUCUAA